AUGGACCACAGCGACAUUAAGAGCGAGGAAAAGCCAUCCACUACCGUCCACGAUGUCUCGCUGGAGGCUUGCCUGACGCAGUAUGAUCUGGAACUAACUCGCGAUGGGCAGCAUAUACGAUGGGGAUCCAAAAACCCCCAUCAUCCGCGCAAUUGGGGAACCGCCCGGAAAGUCUAUGACUUGACAGUCAUUACAUUGAUGGACCUCUUCGUGACUGCAGUGAGCACGGCUGGUACGGCCGCAGCCAAAGCAGCCGACGAUGAAUACCAAAUCAGCCAAACCCUUUCGAUAUUCCUGUUCGUAUCAGUGUCACUAUUCGGACAGCUUCUGGGUUCUCUUGUGUUUGCCCCAUACUCCGAGACCUUUGGCCGGAAGAAGCUAUACAUCGGCAGCGGAGUCCUAUUCAGUCUGGGAUGCGUGUUGAUUGCCUCGGUGGAGUCCCUGGUUGGGGUGGUGUUUGGGCGUGCUAUCACCGGCUUUUUGUCGGCUAUUCCAGCCAACAUUCUCGGAGGUAGUAUAGAAGACUUGUACAGCAGUCGGAAACAGGCCUGGUGGAUCUGCAUCUGGUCCGCGGCAUCGGGACUCGGCUUGUCCCUGGGCCCCAUCAUGAGUGUCUAUAUCACGAGUGCCCUUGGCUGGCGAUGGGUGUUCUACGUUUAUGCAAUCAUCGUCGCUGCAGUGACCGGAUUGACCGUUUUCAUGCGCGAAUCUCGACCGUCUCUCCUGCUGGGUCGCCAGGUCGCCAGCUUGAGGAAGGUGACGGGCAUAAAUACACCCCCGGCGUUGAAUCCGGACCAUGUGCCCGAUAUGCAGACAUUUGUGCAGGUCGUGCUCAUCAGGCCUAUGCAACUCUUUGCCGAGCCCAUCGUGAUGUCGGUGGGUAUGAUGGCCGGAGGCGCAUUCGGGCUCAUCUAUCUCUUCACUGAAGCUCUGCAGCCGAUUUAUGAGUCCCUCGGAUUUUCACAGGAGCUAGCCUCUCUUUCCUUCGUGGCUAUUGGAAUUGGGAUUCUUCUCAGUCCCUUGACACGGCUCCUAGACGACCACAUCUUCGAAAUGAGGCUGCGUGCUGGAUUGCCUCUUCUGCCCGAGCACAAGUUGGCAGGCAUAUGUAUCGGCGCGCCUGCUAUGGCCAUCGGAUUGUGGUGGUUCGCCUGGACGAUCCCUCCUCAUGCCUCUGACCUACCCUGGAUCGUUCCCACUGUGCCAUUGGUGCUGAUCGGAUACGCCCUGAACGAAUACCCCACGGUGUGUUUAGGAUACCUGGCCGACAGUUAUCUGAGCUUCUCGGCCAGCGCCGUGGCCGUGGUAACCUGCAUUCGAGCGGUCCUCUCGGCCACCUUCCCGCUGUUUACAGCCCAGAUGUUCUCGUCACUUGGGGCGAACGUCGCCGCGUCGAUUUUGGCCGUCCUGGCGACGGUGUUUUGCUUUAUUCCGCCGUUGUUUGUGCGAUAUGGGACGCAGAUCCGAGCCAAGAGCCGGUUUGCUAGGUAUAGCCUGCAGACCUACAAGGAGAAUUGCAUUCAUGCGGAUGAGUUUAUUCAAGACGGUACCUAG